AGCCAUGCCCAGCCUCAGAGCUCGCUCUGAAGAGGCAGAAAUGGAGCCCUCAGUUCCUGGACCAUCCCCUUGGAUCCCUGCAGCCCAGGCCUGUGUGAAUGAUGCUCCUGUUGUGACCCAUGCUGGAUCUGCACUCCAUGAUCCCCGCUGCUGUGGCUACACUGAGCCAGGAACCACCCCCCCUCACCGUCAGCAGCCAGAUGGGGACACCAGGACUAAGGGCAAGGAAUUUCUUCAGAAGAAAGAAGUUUCUGAGGAUUUGGAAUCACAGGCAGAAAUAUCAGAAAACUAUACCAGUGAUUUUUCUCAGGCACCUGAGCUUGGAGAACUCUGUGAUGAUGUACUGGAGAGAGAUUGGGGAACCCCUGACAGUGAGAGACGGGUGCAGUCACUCUACCAGGAGGAGGGCUUUAUGCCAGUGGCAGUGCUCCUUAGGAGCCCCUUAGAGAAAGAGCUGGGCUCUGAUGACUUUGUAAGAAGCAUCAGUCUGAGCCCAAACCCAACAGCAUCUCAGGGAAUUCCUACAGAAGAGAGGCCACAUCUGUAUGACAUAUGUGGCCACAGCUUCCAACACAGUAUGGACUUAAGUAGCCAUGAGGGGCUUCACAUAGCCGAAAGCCCACUCAUAUGUAAUGAUUGUGGGAAAACCUUCAGAGGAAACCCUGAUCUUACUCAGCAUCAGAUAAUCCAUACUAGACAGAAGUCCUUCAUAUGCAAUGAAUGUGGAAAAUCCUUCAGCCAGAACUCAUUUCUUAAAAAUCAUCAGAGGUCUCAUGUGAGUGAAAAACCCUACCAGUGCAGUGAGUGCAGGAAAACCUUCAGUGUGCACUCAAACCUCAUUAGGCAUCAGAUUAACCACAGCGGAGAGAAGCCUUAUGUAUGCAAUGAAUGUGGAAAAGCCUUUAGCCAGAACUCAAGCCUUAAAAAGCACCAGAAGUCUCACAUGAGUGAGAAGCCCUAUGAAUGCAGUGAAUGUGGGAAGGCCUUUAGGCGGAGCUCAAACCUCAUCCAACAUCAAAGAAUUCAUUCUGGAGAGAAGCCGUAUGUGUGCCACGAAUGUGGGAAGGCCUUUAGGCGGAGCUCAAAUCUCAUUAAACACCACAGGAUUCACACAGGUGAGAAACCUUUUCAGUGUAAUGAGUGUGGGAAAGCAUUCAGCCAGAGCUCACACCUGAGGAAGCAUCAGAGGGUUCACACUGGAGAGAGACCUUACGAGUGUAAUGAGUGUGGCAAACCAUUCAGCCGGGUCUCCAACCUCAUUAAGCAUCACAGGGUUCACACUGGAGAGAAACCUUAUAAGUGCAGUGACUGCGGGAAGGCCUUCAGUCAGAGUUCAAGCCUCAUUCAGCAUCGGAGAAUUCACACUGGAGAAAAGCCUCAUGUAUGUAAUGUGUGUGGAAAAGCCUUUAGUUACAGCUCCGUGCUCAGAAAGCACCAGAUAAUCCACACAGGAGAGAAGCCGUAUGAAUGUAGCAUCUGUGGGAAGGCUUUCAGCCACAGCUCAGCCCUCAUUCAGCAUCAGGGUGUGCACACGGGUGACAAGCCCUAUGAGUGUCGAGAAUGUGGAAAAACAUUUGGUCGGAGCUCCAACCUUAUCCUUCACCAGCGAGUUCACACUGGAGAGAAACCCUACGAAUGUACCGAAUGUGGAAAAACCUUCAGCCAGAGUUCAACUCUCAUUCAGCAUCAGAGAAUCCAUAAUGGCUUGAAACCCCAUGAAUGUAACCAGUGUGGUAAAGCCUUCAACCGAAGCUCAAACCUCAUUCACCACCAGAAAGUUCACACUGGAGAGAAGCCGUACACGUGUGUCGAAUGUGGUAAGGGCUUCAGCCAGAGUUCACACCUUAUUCAACAUCAGAUAAUCCACACUGGUGAAAGGCCGUAUAAGUGCGGUGAGUGUGGGAAGGCCUUCAGUCAGCGUUCAGUCCUCAUCCAGCACCAGAGGAUCCAUACCGGCGUGAAGCCCUAUGACUGCUCUGCUUGUGGGAAAGCCUUCAGCCAGCGCUCCAAGUUGGUCAAACACCAGCUGAUCCACUCCAGGGAAUGAAACGGAGUACAGCUCCAUUCCUGACUCCUCUGGCCAUGUCCCAGCUUCACCCACCUCCCAGACUUGAAGCCAGGUUCACUCGCUGCCCUCUACCCCCACAUCCCACUGUCCACAAAGCCCAGACCCUCCUUCCCCUGCCAUCACUCCUCCUUCCUGUGACCUCUUGUUUCUUGUUUGUUUUGCUUGUACAUUUUGUUAUCAGACUGCCACAAUUGUUAGGAGGGAAAAGAUGAUAGAAGCUGCAUAUUCAUAUUCAUGAAUAGAGAUUAUUAACAGAACCAAAAAAGUAAACUGACAUUUGGUUCGAAAUAACCACAGGAAUUCUUUUCUUUGAUAAUUAGGCAUAGAGUGAACUCUUUGUGUAUGG